AACGUCAUGUAAACAGGAAGUCCGAUGCUAGAGGCGGCUAGUUCAACUCGACAGAGGCUAAAGGCAACAACAAAUGUUUAAACGAUAUAAUAAAUGCUGUUUCGGUUGUAAGAAAAUAUAACACCCCACUUGUUAGCUGUUCCGGGUUUUGUAUCUGUAGUUUGAAGGCGGUCUUGAAAUGAGUUAGCUCCUUUGCUUGACCGAUAGUAAAACUUUUGCUAGGCUGCUAGGUAACUUAGCUAAAGAUUUAGUUGUGUUAGCUCAUUCCUCCCGAGUUGUCUGCACAUUUAACGUACUGUGUCCGCGGUUUGUUUUAUUAGUUAACAGACUUAAUGUUUAACAGCACACAGACAGUUCAAAAAGGUUCAUAACAUUGCCUGGAUGUCGUCGUAAUGGGGGACAAGGUGCUGAGUCUUAUCGACAAGAAAAUAACAAGUUUGCUGGAUAUUCCCCUGAGAUCCACUGUGACAUCACUCAGUCUGCACUGCAAUCAGAUCCCGAGGAUCGAGGGCCUAACCUCAGCUUGGCACCUGAAGCACUUAGACCUUUCCUCCAAUUGCAUUUCUAAGAUUGAGGGUCUAAGUUCCCUCACUUCCCUGAGGACAUUAAAUUUAUCCUGUAACUUAAUCACCAAGGUUGAAGGACUGAAUGGCCUUGUGGACCUAACAAGAUUAAACUUGUCCUACAAUCAGAUAAAUGACCUCACUGGGUUGUUGUACCUUCAUGGCACGGAGUACAAGCUGAAGUACCUCAGUCUCCAUGGCAACCACCUGGACCGCAUCGAUCACCUGCUGCAGUGCCUGCUGGGAUUGCAAGGUUUAAGAGAGGUGACCUUGAGCCAGGAUGGCAGAGACAACCCUGUGUGUAGGUCACCAGGUUACAUGGAGAUUGUUAUGCAGUCGUUGCCACAGAUCUCUGUCCUGGAUGGCAUGGACCGGCUUGGAAAUCCAUCACAUCGGGGUCUAGGCAGUCCCUGUAAUAUCCCUGGUCUGGAGGACUAUCUGGACCUCCUGCUCUCCUCAGAUACAAGUCACAAUGAAGCUCCUAGAAGAGAUGGCCCACUCACCACACCCCGCCUUGACAAGGUGUUGACCCAGUUUCGUCAGCGGAUUGCCUCCGAAGCAAUCACAGAUCCAGCUGCACAACCAGACCGCCAGAGCUUACAGCCAGCUCGUUCCACUGCGGCUGAUCCAGCAGAGCCCGUUAAUGAACAACGCAUCAGGAAACUGGAGGACCAGGUGUCCCAACUCAUCCAGCAGGCCCCUGCGGGGGACAAAUGCAGUAGCUCAACUCGUCCUGUGGUGACAUUACGGAAAGCCAAGAGGGACACAGACCGCACGUCAGAGAGUGAGUGUGACAGCGGUAAGGAGAACAGGAGGCGCACCAGGAUCCCCAAACAUCGUAACACCUUAACAACGAGGACAACCAGCAAGGAGUCCAAAGGCAGGAUAUCAGACAGCGAUCAGGAGAAUCAUAAACAGAGGAGUUCAAAGUCUGCUGUUGGGCCCAGGAGGAAGCCUGGCGGAGCGGGGGGUGUAGACACAGCAGGGCCAACAAGGAGUGGACCUUUGAGAGCUUCUAAGGCCUCAGGCGAUGUGAAAAGGAAGUCCACUGAAGAGGAGGAAACCUACAGGACUAUUGUGGAGGAACGCGACCAGGAAAGGGAGAGGCGAUGGAAAGCGGAGCAGGCUGCAAGGAAGCUAACAGAGGAGCUGAAGGGCCUGCAGGCAAAGGUCAGCGAGGAAAAAGACCUUCAGAGCAUGGCCCUGCACACCACGGACCGACUGAAAGAAUUGUUGCUAAAGGAGCGAUCAGGGCGCUCUGAACUGGAGACUCGCAUUGAGGAGCUGGAGGGGAGGUGUCAGUCCUUAACCCAGCAGCUGGAGCAGGCCCGCAGCAGCGGAGAACACCAUAAGACCGCGCUGCACCAACUGGAGGAAAGCAUCUCCCAUGGAGAGGCACUCAGGGCUCGCCAGCAGGCUGAGGAGAUGAAGCGGUACCAGGAGCUGGAGAACAAGGCUGCAGCUCUGAAAAGAGAGCUGGACAUCCAGAGAGCCUCAGUACGCCAGCACAAAGAGAAACUGCAGCAGCUGCACGAGCUGCUCGCAUCCAGGGAACAAGAGCACAGAAAACAGCUGGAGUUGCGGUUGCAGCCUGGUGGGGCGGAUUUCCGUGAGGCAGUGGUGAAAGAAGUUGCAUCAGUGGAAGAGAGACACGCUCACAGGGAGGCAGAGCUGCAGGAGAAACUGGCAGACAGCAGGAAGCAGUACGCUGCACUGGAGGACGAGUUCCGCAUGGCACUAACCAUUGAGGCUGCUCGCUUCUCUGAGGUGAAGGAGGCUUGUGAACAGAUGACUGCAGAGCUGAUGGAGCUCAAGGCAACCCUCGCCCAGUCACAGCAGAGGGAGAAGAAAUCAGGCUCUCUGGUGCAGGAGCUCACAGCCAUGGUCAAAGAACAGAAAAACCGCAUCUCUGAGCUCAUCAAAGCCAAGAGAGAUGCUGUCACCGAUCUAAAGAGCCGUCUGCAUUCCUUAGAAGCUGAGGUGGAUCAGGACCGGCGUCUCGGCCUGCAGCUCGAAUUGCUGAAGAAAGACAAGGCGCGACUGUUGUCUCAGCUCACAGCUCAGGAGUCGGUGAUAGAUGGCCUCAGGGCAGAGAGGAGGAUCUGGGGCCAGGAGCUCGCUCAGCAAGGAGCGUCUUUAGCUCAGGACCGUGGACGCCUGGAGGCCAGGAUAGAGGUGCUAAGCACUGAGCUGGAGACUCAGAAGAAACAGAAUGAGAGGGACAAUGAUGCUCUCAAAAUAAAAGCCAGAAUCAUUGAUGACCAGACAGAGACCAUCCGCAAACUCAAAGAGGCCCUGCAGGAGCGUGAUGAUCAGAUCCGUAGGCUGCGCGAAGAGGCAACCCAGGCCCAGAAGAGGUCCCAGCAGCAGCAAGAGGAGGAAACAUCCCGGCAGGCUGAGCUGAGGGAGCGGCUGGAACAUCUCAGCUUGCGCAAGGAGGAGCUCAAACAGCAGCUGGAGGACAAAGAGGCAGAGCUCGAGGAGGUCAAAAGGGUUUACAGUGACUCCAGUAAGAAGUGGCAGGAGAAGGCAGACCUGCUCACUCGGUUGGAGAGCCAGGUGAAGCGUAUGAAAGAGAACUUCGAUUCGAAGGAACGCUCGCUGCUGGAAGAAAGAGAUAAAGCAACAGAAGCACACAAAGCUGCAGUAGAAAAGUUACACUGUGUGGACGAUGCUUUUCGUCGACAGCUGGAGUCUCUGCAAGCUGCCCAUCAAGCUGAGCUGCUACGACAGGCAAAUGAAAAGCAGAAACAGAUAGAAAAAGCCAAUCAAAAGGUAUUUGAAGUGGAGGAGGAGAUGCGGCAGCUCCUGGAGGAGAUGGAGACUAACAAGAGAAUCAUGGAAGAGAAAAUGAAACGUCUCACAAGUGUACUAAAAGACUUUUAACCCAUGAAAUAUAUCUUAUUUUGCAGCUACAGAAAUGUAUGAAGUAAAACACUGAAUGGUAGUUGUAUUUUGUUUUAAUACAAUUACAAUUUAAUAUUUUAUUUUAUUUUUACAUUAAGUUAUUGUUGUAUUUUUAAUAUAUCAUGAUCUAAUAAAUUCUGUUUUGAGCA